GAGAGAGAGAGAGAGAGGGAUACAGAGAGGAGAGAAAGAAGGGAUGCUGUUGAUGUAUCCGUCCGCAGGGAGUCUUACUGUGAUUUCUUUUUUUUUCUUACCGGCCUGAGUGGUCGUCAUCAGGUGGAAUAAAGGACUAAUUUCUCUGGCAAAGAGGGGAGGACGAGGUUUUUUUCUCUUACUGAAAAGCUUCCAAAAAUUAUCCUUCAAUUUUCCCUCUUGUUUUCUUCGCAUCCCUCCCUCCCUCAUCCUCCUCCUCCUCUCCCUGCUCCAUCUCCUCUUCCUCUUCUUUAAAGAGGCCCGAGCGCGUUGCGGGGUGUCUUCCAUCGCCUGUUUCGUUUAUUUAUUUAUUUAUCUCCCCUGACUGCUCGUGAGCCCUCUAUCCCCUGGUCUGCAGCCUUCCCACGAGCUUAAAAGAGCACGAGGCAACCCCUUCGCCUCCCCCGUACCCCCUCCCCGCGCCUCGGAGGGAGCUGUCCGGUGCUGAAGUUGCAUUUCUUUCCUCCUGUGCGCGAGGACUAAACGGGGCGGACAGACGACAGCGAGAGAGACCGGAGCAGAAGAGGAAGAACACACAAGCGCUUGUUGAUCGUCAACUCUUUCACCGGAUCAAUUCAAGGCUCGCGCUUUCUCCCCAAUCUGAAGACAAUCUUCCCCCGGCCCGCCGGUCUGAUUGGUGUGUCACGGGCGAAUCACCACGCUGGCCUGCCUGUCGGCGAUCGGCUGUGUUUGCGAGUGUGGGUCGUUGUGUUUGUGAGUGCGUGUGUGUGCGCAGCUUGUCGGUGUCUCACCACCAUGCCAAGGUCUUUCCUGGUAAAAAAGGUGAAACUGGAUGAUUUCUCCACCGGGGCGGAUCUGGAGAACGCCUACCGGCACAGGACAGACCUCAGCCUGCGGCUACAUGACAAAGCUGGUUACAUCAGUGACUACAUCAGCCCUGUUGUGUACGAUGGUGAGAGUGACAGUGGCAUCAAGGUCCCCUCUCCUGAUCCUCUCUACGAUGGUAUCCACAGUGACUAUGGGGCUCCCGACUCUGAGUCUCCUGACAGCCCUGGCUCAGAACUCACGGAUGGUUAUAUCAAUGGAGACGCUGCAGUGAGCGAGGGUUACACAGUCGAUGCCUUCUUCAUCACCGAUGGCCGCUCGAAGAGGAAAGCUCUCAGCAGCCCCAGGACCAUCCAGAGGCACACCUGUAACGAGUGCGGCAAAACCUAUGCCACGUCUUCCAACUUGAGCCGGCACAAACAAACGCAUCGCUCGCUGGACAGCAAGCUGGCAAAGAAAUGCCCGACCUGCGGGAAGGUGUACGUGUCCAUGCCCGCCAUGGCCAUGCACCUGCUCACUCAUGACCUCAAGCACAAGUGCGACGUGUGCGGAAAGGCGUUCAGCCGACCUUGGCUUUUACAGGGCCACAUGCGCUCGCACACAGGGGAGAAACCGUUUGGGUGCGCCCACUGUGGGAAGGCCUUCGCAGACCGCUCGAACCUGCGCGCUCACAUGCAGACCCACUCGGCCUUCAAACACUUCAAGUGCAAACGCUGCAACAAGACCUUCGCGCUCAAGAGUUACCUGAACAAGCACUAUGAGUCUGCCUGCUUCAAAGGCCCCUUCUCUCCUCUCGGCCCCCUAGAUGCAUGACCCCCCCAUAUAGAUCAAACGAGACAAAACUGCAGACGUGAAUUACAAUUACCCUUACGGACUUAACUGCAGACACAAACAAUAUAUUUUUGGGUCAGAAUGUGACCUUGCUUUCCCUCCUCACCCCUCCUCACUGGCCCUCUGCCCCCUCCCCCACCUCGCCUUCCUUGGAGCCUAUUCGUGAUAAUGAAUAUGAUGAAGAUAGCACAAUUUUUUCUCCUUGAGAUUUGCCCACUUAAGGAUUUAACUGAUCGACGCAUGCACUUCCUCAAAAAACAAAACAAAACAAAACUCUUCACGUCCUCUUCCUCUGUCCAUUGAGGAUGGAGACAUUAAUACUGACUUCCUCCUGGCUUCUAGAUACAGUAUGACUCCGUAUAUUUUGGAAAAAGGGAUGACGAUGAGGAUGACGACAAAGACAAUAGUAAGCCUAUAGCUACUAGUUUCCUCCCUGCACUCAAAUGCAGUGAAAGUUUUUUCAUUCUGAUUUUGUUUCUUUUUUGGAAGAAUUAUAGUAAUAAUAAUAGUAAUAAUAAUGAUAAUAAUGCUCUGCUGCACCAAGUGACCAUAUUCUCUCCACUACUGAGGUCAAAAUACUAUUUAUUUAUUUAUUGAUUUAUUUGUUUUGACAUUUUUUUUUCUUUUUUAUGUGUUUAUACUUGAUUUGAUAACAAUGAAAAGUGUUGCCAUUUAUUUGUUGCACUUUAAUUUCUGUAUAUGUAUGUAGGAUAUUUGCCAACCUCUUUUUACCACUACAGGCCAAAGCAUAUGUCACUUUUUUGAGUACUAUUUUUUCCUAUUAUGUUGUUAAUACCUUUUUUCUUAUUAACGUUAUUGCAUGCAAAAAAAAAAAAAGAAAACAGAAAAAAAUUAUGAAAACCUAUGCCAACAUCAUAAAAAGCUUAUGAUUUUUGCCAAAAUCCUAUAGCUAGAACCCGAGGGCAAUAUUAUUAUUUUUUUCUCUUGGAGCCUCCAUAGGACUCUUUAAAAGCAAUAAUCACUUAAUGCAUGGUAUUUUAUGAUGAAGUUAUGAAGUAUUACCUACUACUGUAUAGCAGUUUAAAAAUCAGGUAUGUUUUACUUCACCUAUAGUCAUAAACAGAAAAAAUACUAAUAUUACAGACAUCAGGGAACAUGCCAAUGUAGUGUUAGAGUAUCAAAAAGAAAAGUCCUGUCUUUCCUCUCUUGUUAUGCACUGCCUGCCUCUUAGUGAGUAGAACUAAUGUAGGAUGUAGACUAGAGAGGCUGGGAUCAGCUGCCUGCUGGGUGAGAGGCCUAUUGUAGGAUAACUACUGUAUGACCCUGACUGCCCUGCUCUGCAAUAGCUCUAGUGAUUUAAUUGUUAACAAAAACAAACAAGGCCUUACUUUGGCUCAGGCCUUUUCAUUAUACUUAGAUUGGAUAAUUGGCCAUACAUCAAAAUUCAGUGGUUUACUGAUGUUUAUGAGAUGGCAAAAUGACACUUAAAUGUGUUUAAACAGUAUUUCCUGUCACAGUCGGCCAAGUUUAAUAACAGCAAUUUUAUCUUUAUGUUAAGGUUAAAAUAGCAGUCAGAUUGGAUAAAUAUGCAAUAAGAUAUCCAUCACCCUUAACUGACAGCUAGCAUAUAUGACAUGCAGCUGCUAUCUGUUAACAACAAAGUUUAGUUGAAGUUGAACCAAAGUCGACUUCAGCCGAAAUGCAAUUACUCAUCUGCUCUUCCGGUUCACUUCCAACCCAUAAAGCGUGCUUUCUUAAACCACAGGAACAGCAUGCACUUUAGCUUGAUGGUCAGAUUGCAGCUUAGCUACAACUGUUGUAGAUACACCAGACUGAGUCCUGAUUAUUCUGCAGUAGGCCCCCCUCACCCCUACUGGGCCAACUGAAGGGUAACUCUAAGAUCGAGAAACCUACGGACAGGCUAACUUUAAUCAACCCCGACCCCAUGGAAGAUUUAACCUUUAAUCUAGGUGGUCAAUACCAGUGUUGCUGAACCCAGUUCUCUGCAGCUCAGAAACCUUUUCUACAGAUUCAUGGAGCUUCCCAGGAGACAGACUGAGGACACACAGAUUUGCACAGGAAAAUGUUUGUGUGUUCAUCAUAAAAUGCAGCACGUCGACAUCGUAAUCUCGCAUAGAAACAUAAACACGGGUGCACAGAUGCAUGGGUGCAUGUCCUCACAUGUGAGCACACGGUGCCUGCUGACGAGCCAUUUGGGGUGACUAAACUUUUGUGUACAGUGAAGCUUGAGCAAUUAAAAAAAUAGAACAGGUUUAAUAUUCAGAUGUGAAUCUUUAACAAAGAAAGCUUUUUGUAAUUGCAGUGCUUCCUCAGACACUCAGUGUAAGUCCGGACUGGCCCGUAUUGAACACAGUUUAUAAGGGCACACGGACAAAAGGACAGCACGGUUAUGUGAAUGCAUUAGCUAAACAAAUUUUUAUCUCAGAGAUGAAUGAUCAAAGGCAGCCAUGGUUGACAAUUUUAUAAAGUCAAAAAGUCUACAGUUUGUGAUAAAUGCUUUGCCGCACAAUAACACAGUACAAUACAAUUAUAUUUUCCAAAGAAACUUUUUUUAAAGGCAAUAUUAAAGGAAGCACUUCUGUUGUGACUGAGGGAAUCAGUGUGUGAGUCAGCAAAUUGUAGGUCUUAUCUCCUUUCUUGAUGUAUGAACUAGAUUUGAGCUGCAAUUACUUGAAUUGUAUCAGAUGAUUAGUCAUAGCGCUCCAGUCUGUUAUGGCCGAGCACUUUUGCCUUUUUAUGUAUGAUUUUGGCCAAAAUACCCAACAACAGUUAUAAAUACAAAAAAGGCAAACAGCUGCAAAAACAGUGUUAAAAGCAUGAUUGCGAUUCCCUUUACGCAAAGAGAACAAAAGCAGCACCUUUAUUUUUCUACACACGUUUCUCAGACACUGAUAGUAGACGUAAGAAUAGGACAAAAAAGGGUGAAAGUAUCAUCUCUGCAGUUUCUCUGUUUACUUAUCCCAAAUUGUAUCAUUGUAAACUCUGGUUGAAACUUUGCACUGUAGUCUAAAUGUAUUAGGGCUAAAGUGGACGUGUGGCUGUUAAGUGGUUUUUAAAGGAGAAAGGAUUCGUUUUGAGUCUGUUUGUCUGUGUGUCUGUCUCUGGCCAAGCUCCUGGUCUGGCCUCUUUAAGCACUUCCAUUUUAGUCAUCUCCACCCUAAAGAAAGUAGCACAAUGAAACUAACUAGAAUUCAGGUAGAGAAGAAUUAAAAACCUUGUACUAGCUUGACCUCUCUUCUUUUUUGUAUUUUCAAGUUAAAGAAUGGUAAUAAACCUAAAUAAUCAUUUAUUGCAAGAGGGUUUGUAAAGAAUCCUUUGGAUUGAGACAUUUUUACUGCUGUAUAGUGAUAUCUGACACACCUUACCUCAGGAGGGUUGGAUCUCUGUUGCAGAGUGAGGACCUCCUGGGUUUUUUUGAGCCAGUAUUCAGACAAUGUAAGCACAAUGAACACAAAGCAUUUUGUGGCACUUCAUAAUAAAGAAUAAUCUUAACGAACCAA